AUGGUAACUGUCAGUAUUGGUGAAGUAUUAGUUUCUGGUGUUCAUGCUCAUGUUAAAAAGAGUCAAAGAAAGUUUCUUUGGUCAGAGAUGGAAAUCAUUAGUCAGAUACAAAAACCAUGGGUUGUUUUAGGUGAUUUCAAUGCUAUAAUUUCUCCUGAAGAGAAAUUUGGUGGUAAAGCUCCUAACAGAAUUUCAAUGAUGGAUUUUUUUCAUUGCCUUAAUGAAUGUAACUUAAUUCAAGCUCCUAGCACAGGUCAGCAAUACACUUGGUCCAAUUGUCAACAAGGAACAAAAAGAAUCCUAUGUGUUCUAGAUAGAGUUGUUUUCAAUUCUUUAUGGUUACAUAAGUAUGGUGAUUGGGGAUAUAAGGUUGGAUUGAGGAUAGUUUCAGAUCAUGCUCCUUUAUUAUGUGGUUGUGCAAGCAUACCCAGACCAAAGAAUGUUCCCUGGAAAUUUCAGAAAAUGUGGAUUGAUCAUCCAUCAUUCUUAAGUGAAGUGAAGAAAGUAUGGAAUGAGAAUAUUAUUGGAGAUCCAUCUUUUAUUUUCAUGCAGAAGCUAAAAAAGUUAAAAAAGUUCUUAAGUGAGUGGAAUUGGAGUAUAUUUGAUCUUUUAGCCAAAUUAGUAGCAGCUCAAAAUGAACAUGCAACAAGAGAAGUUCAAGCAAAUACUCUUAUGAGACUUAAAUCAAGAGCAAAAUGGAUUAAAGAUGGUUUUGCAAACACUGCAUACUUCCAUGCUAGAAUGAAGAUUAGACAAGCAAGAAAUACAACUAGUGAACUAGAAGAUGCAAAUGGAAAUAUUAUUAGUGAUCAAUCUCAAAUUGCAGAUACUUUAGUCAAGCAUUUUCAACACAAAUUUGAAGCUCAAGAUGUUGAUGUUUCUGAAGAAUUGCUUGAUGUUAUUCCUUCAGUUAUUACAUAUGAAGACCAAUAA